UUGGUGAGGAGGAAGUCCCUGAACUUAAAGACUGUUGUUGUUCUGUGGCUAGUUAAGUAUAUAUUCUUAAAAUAGCAAUAUAUUACGAGUAAUUAUUAAAACGGGCAUGCUAAUAAUUUCUAGAUUGCAAGGUUAUUGUGGUCAAUCACCCACACGAAUAUAUUUUCAAUCCUUGAUUUUUUCCAGUGAUUGGUGUUUAUAGUGCAAAGCACGAGGGGGGUGGAAAAAAUGUCCCUUUCCAUUGGUUAGAACUAUGAAUAAAAAUGUUCUCGUUAAACCAGUAGUGACCACUGAACUGUUCAUUGGUAGUGACGAAGCGACGAAAGUGAAAUCAUGGCGUCCAUUGGCAGACUCUUGGUAAAGGACUCUGUAUUGCUGCUAUGUGACAUGCAAGAGAAGUUCCGGCCCAAUAUCGUCCAUUUCACCAACAUUCUGAGCAAUGCGUCCAGAGUGCUCCAGGCCUGUCGAAUUCUGGGAAUUCCUCCGAUCCUGACGGAGCAGUACCCUAGGGGUCUGGGCCCCACUGUGCCUGAGCUUGGGGCCUCCGACCUGAAGCCUCACGAAAAAACCCAGUUCUCCAUGCUGACCGAGGGGGUGGAGAAGGAGCUAAAGGCCCUUGGAGGGCCAAAGAAGGCUAUUUUGUGUGGAAUUGAGGCCCAGGCAUGCAUUGCGUGCACAACCUAUGACCUCCUGGAGAGAGGCAUGGAGGUUCACGUUGUAGCUGAUGCUGUCUCCUCUAGAAGUCAGACAGACCGGUUAUUUGCCCUGUCCCGUUUGAGGCAGAGUGGGGCCUACCUCACCACAACAGAAGCAGUUCUGCUGCAGCUGGUGCAGGAUGCCAAGCACCCCAAUUUCAAGGAGAUCCAGAAGUUGCUGGCUCACCCUUCCCCAGACACUGGACUUCUGUCUUUCUUCAGCUCUCUAUAGAGUGAAAAAGGAAGGGAUUUACUGUGAUUUAGACAUACUAGCAAAUCAAAAUAUUUUUAUGUAUGUCAGUGGACAGACAUGGAAAGGCUGCUAAGAAAGAUAUGGCAAUGAAUAAAUAAAACCAGUGAUAAUUCAA